UCUGCACAUGCGCGUCACAAUGUGACGCAGCAAUAACGGAUCCGGAAGUACAACACGAGAGAUAAACACAGCUGUGAAAGCUGUGGUGUUACUUUCAGCAAUAUGGUGUACGUGUCCAACGGUCAGGUCCUGGACAACAGGUUCCAGUCACCGUGGCGACUGUCGUUACUGGUCGAUCUCUUCUGGGGAGCCGUGGAGUUUAUCGGCCUCUUUUUUAGGACAUUGGUUCACCCAGACAUGAGAAAGGAUGGAUCAAGUGGUAUGACACAAUACAGUGAUGGCAGAGGGCCUCCAGGUCCCCCUGGUGGAAGAAGGCGGAUGGGAAGAAUAAUUCAUGGUGCAGGUCCCACCCCUCCACCAAUGGGUGGAGGAGGAUGAGGAAGGUAAAUGCCUACACAGCCAGUGUAGGCGUGGGGCUUGGGCUGUCCGUUUGCUGAGAACUAAAAGACAGAUGAUAACAUCACAGUGCUGAAGCCCCUCAUCCUCAGCUGCCACUGCCAUGAGCAGAUCCUUGACGCCUUUCUGGGAAUUCCUACACAUAGGGGCCAGAGUGGCUGAUAAGGCAGCUAGCUGCACCCCUUCCUCCCGUUUUCCUGCUUCUGCCCUUCCACAAUAUUCUCCCAGAGAUGUGUAUCGCCGACAUCUCAGUCAUGGUAGUCCCUCCUGAAAACAGUUAAGUUAGUUUGUGUUUUGUAUCCUUCUGAUUGAAUAAAAAUGUGCACUGUUAA